AUGGCCCUCCCGCCCCGCGAAAGCACAAUCAUCGAGCCCACAUCCCCACACACCCACACCGUCGUCUUCCUCCACGGGCGCGGCGACUCAGCGGCCAAGUUCGCCUCGUCGCUCGCCUACUCCCCCGCGUCGGACAACCAGACGCUGCCCGAGGCGUUCCCGGGGUUUCGGUGGGUGUUCCCCUCGGCGCCCAUCGAGGCGACGGCGCUGAACCCGAUUGAGCGACGGGCGCAGUGGUUCGACGUGUGGAACGUGCGGGACCUGGGGGAUAGGGAGGAGCUGCAGGCCGAGGGGCUGAGGCGGAGCGUGGGGAGGGUGAGGGAGAUGGUGAGGGCGGAGGCGGGGAUGGUUGGAGGCCUGGAGAGGGUGGUGGUGAUGGGGAUCAGCCAGGGCGGCGCGACGGGGGCGCAUGUGUUGUUGAGUCUGGGGGAGGGGGAGAGAUUGGGUGCGUUUGUGGGGGUUUCGUGCCGGAUGGUGUUUCCUGGGCGGUCGCUGGGGGAGACGAGGGGGAUGCUGGGGAUGGAGAGGGAAGACGGGCAUGAUGGGGAGGUGAGCGAGGCGGUGAGGAGGACGCCGGUGAUGCUGCAGCACUGCGUUGAUGAUACCGUGGUGAGGGUCGAGGACGGGAUGGUGUUGAGGGAGACGCUGGAGCGGUUCGGGGGCGAGGGCAAGAGGGUUGAGUGGAGGGAGUAUCCAGACGGGGGCCAUUGGUUCAACUCGCCGGCUGGGACUGAUGGUAUCGUCGAGUUUCUGAGCAGAGAGCUCGGAGUGGCUCCGGCCGUGGUUGGUCCUCCGCCGUGA